AGGGAAGACUUCGCACUAUCGUUAUAAAAAUGUACAUUUUCCGUGCGCAAGGUUUUCGUAAUUGCGAAGUUGCAUGCGCGAGCGCCCUCUAUAAUUCACAGCGCGAGAAAUGUACAAACUACGUAGAUUCAAGAGCAUCGCUAUAGAAUCGCGAAGUUACAUGCGCGGCGCCCUCUACAAAUUCUUCAAAACCUGGCGUCCGAAACGCGACUGGUUUUGAUUUAGUCCCGCUUUGAGUGCGAAGUCUUCCCUUUACUGUCUAUAGUGUUGACAAAUUCGUGCUCUUAACUAAUUGUGAAGAAGAUGUUGUUAGUAUUUCAAGUACAAUUAUAUUGAGAUAUCAACCAGUUGGAAAGAUCGAGAUCAGAUAGCUAGACUUUUUAUCGGGGCACUUAGCAUGCUUCCUGAAUCCCUGCUUCAUAUAUAGUUAAUGUCGAGGAAAAUGGACUUCAGUGACUUCACAAAACAAAAUCGAUUUUGUGUGUGGUCUGACGGUCUGACUCCAAAUCCCUCGACUGUGGAAAUCGUUAUAAACUUAAUAAGUAUUCUACCGAAUUUUAUCUCGUAAAUUGAAUCUAAGCUGAAUCUUCGAGAAAAUGGAAGUUCCCUUUGGAAAUUUGGACAUCGAUGAUUCAUCAGAAAACCUGUUCGUCUUCCACGAAUCCGUAUCAACAUUGCAGAAUAUAGCCAGCAAUACGGUGGCUCUGCAAUUAUGGCACCAUUACCUCAAUCGUGCAAAAUGCAGAAAAAUACAAGACAAAACGAACGACCUUUUCCGAACGGUUUUUAAUCUGGAUGCAGACUACGAAAAGGAAACCAAAAAAUUGGCAGAACUAUUGAAAACACCUCGACGUAUCGAAGAAAUGUUGAAAGAAUCUUUGGAAAAAAUUUGUGACGAAACUAAACAGUGGAUACAUCAUUUCAAUAUAAAGAUCUUCAGGAAAGGAAUAUCCAGAUACCACGUCCGUAAUUUUGAUCCGAAUCACAUCGUUUGGCGGCCAAAUGGUGAGAUUGAUUACAAAAAAAGCGUUUCGAAGAUGUUGGCCGAAGGAAAAUUAAACACGGAGCAAAAGUUCAUUUUGAUGUGUUCCUAUGGUAUGGCUACUGAAUUGGAAAAUUUUCCGACGAACUCUCUCCCAGAGUUUUUUUGCUUACUGGGGAUUACUCAUUUGAAAAUCGCGUAUUGGAUUUCUCACCAUAAACACGAUUUGCGUGAGAUGUGGCUUAGAAUGCCUGAUAUGAUUCGUCCCGAAGAUACGUCGGUCAACGUCACUAUGGCGAUGGCGAUGGCGAAUUCCAGUCUGGAUUCUGUCGAUCGAACUUUGCCGUAUGCUUUCGAGUAUUUUUGGAAUCGUUUGAGUGAAGAGGAGCAGUUAGCGGUUGCUCUUAGAAUCCUGCCUCGCUUGGGGUCGAGAGAAAUUCGUAAAAUUAUACUAUCGACGAUGCCCUCCUUUCAACAACGUCAGCUAAUCGACCAAAUUCCUAUCGAAUUAAUGAAGAAGUUUUCCGUCUUAGAUUAUUCCGCCAAACACUGUAUGCCAGAAAAUGUGUUUAUAGUUUGGACCCUAGUGAAAGAUCGAAUCACAGAGCAGCAAUUUGUAGAAUUCCUACGAAAGGUACUGAGAUAUGAGAUGCGUUCUGAAAAGUACAUGAUUAUGUUGAACAGCGUUUGGGAUACAGCUUCGGAUCGCCUUAAGAGACACAUUGUCGAAAACCGUCCCGACAUUAUAUUUCUUUCUUUCAUGAACUGCAUGGUACCGUAUCCGCCGAGUAGUUACAGAUUGUUCAUGAAAUUUGUGCCACUGUUGAAUGAACAUACUAGAAAAACAUUGUUUCUCAGCAGUGAGUCUGUGUGGGGUGAGUAUGAUAUGAUUGUUUCGAAAUGCGACAUCGAUAUAUUAAAUUUAUGUUUGCCUGAAGAAGCAGAUCAGUUGCAACUUAAGAAUCGGAUUAUGGAGUCCCGCGAUUUGGAAGUUUAUUGCAACCGAUUAUUUAGAGAUAGGAAAUUCGAUGAAGCAAUCGCCAGAGUGACAUUUUUCUCGCAGAAUGCUCAUGACGCUCGCGAAUUCUUCAAGAAGGUGCUAGUGCCAGACCGAAAUUUUGACGACUCGUUCAUUAUGGAGUAUGAAUCAUGGAAUAAAUUGAGUAAUUUUAUCGACACCGUUUUUACAGACGAUUUUUUGACCAUCUCAAAGCUAAAGAAACAGCUAGUUUUCUCUCUUUCCCCUCGUGCUCUUGAUUGUUGGGACAAGAAAGAAAACUUCAGCGUGUUGGUUAAAAUAACCGAACAAGUUUUUUCGGCCGAAGAAAUGAAAACUUUUAAGCGAACAUUGUUGAAAAGUUUCCAGGAAACGAUCUUGUCUCAAAGAUCUUGGCGAGACUUCAAAGGAAAAUGUUACAAUACAUUUAUAUCCUGGUGCUCUGAAGAUGAAAGCCGGAUUAUUGAUCUGAAGGAUGUUUUUCCGGUUGAUGCAUUUUUCGACGACAAGUUUCGUACUAUCUGCUCUUCACCCAAUGCCGAUCCUAAACAUUUGCUGAACCGGCUGAAUGCGUUUUUAAAAUAUGUUUGCGUCAGUAAUGAAGAAGUUGAGCUGGUGAAAAUACGUAAAUAUUUCGAACGAGAUCGGUAUUGGAUUCGUCAAGUUGAGCAAAUUUUUGGUGAAAUUAAACGACGCACGAUUUUAAACUGGUUUCUCAGUGUUAAAAAAUAAAAUAUACCUAUAUUCAAAUUUUUGUUCGGUAAGUUGGUAGCAGUAAAGAAGAUCUAGCUAGUCGGUGUUAUUUUCAAUGCAUUUUUUGUGUUUUUUUCGUAUCAGAUAUACUUACUUACUUAGGUAAUAUUUUAUUUUUUUCCGCAUAAUUAUUUAUUCGUAAGCAUGGUAUACAUUUUAUCAUUUCUUUUUUUGUAAGUAACUGUUCUGCUUCAGUUUUUUUCCUUCUAAUAAAUCGUACCUAUAUCUAA